UGGAGCCAGAGGUCGAAGGGGGAGCGAUCGCUCUGGCUGGUUGGAAUAGGACAAAAGUGAGGACAUGCUGGCGAUCAUCUGGGAGCUGGAGGGGCUGGAUUCUCGGCUUGACGUUUACAUCGAUUGGAGGAGGGCAGAUGGCAUCAUGUCAGUUUGCAAAACCCUAUUCAAUGAGGGUCACGAUCCGUAUGCUCUUCUGGAAGACCGUUUGGAGGGCAUUAUUGAUCGUGAGGAUGCACACGAGGUAACAGCGGUACCAUCAAGAUUAACAACAACAUCAAUGGAUGGGUGCGACAACUAUAACAGCAACAACGAUAAAAGUGGCGAUAACACUAACAACAACAACAACGGCGAAAACAUCAUCAACAACAACAACAACAACAACCACAACAGCGAUCAUAUCAACAGCAACGACGACGAUGACGGCAGUGACGACUAUGGAAGCAGCAGGGCUGACAGCUGUGUCCGGGCAGUUGCGAUCAUCAGCGGCAUGAUGGGGGAGAUGCCGCAAUCGGAUGAACGGGAGAUUGGGGUUGGAAUGGAAAAGGGGUUUGUCGUUCUCCCCCUCCUCAACGAUAGGGACGGCGACGACAACAACAACAACAACAACAACAACAACAACAACAACGACAACGACGACCACCACGACGGCGGCCACGACCAAGGGAGCAACAGGGUAGGAAGUGACAGCCGGGCGGCUGAGAUUAUCAUCACCGCGGUGGGAGGGAUGCUGUAAGCAGACAUGGUAGGAUAUGGGGUUGAUACAGAGAGGUGGUUUACUGCUUUCCCCCCCUCCAACCUUCAUACGGAGUUCCUCCUCGUGGUUUGCCGGAGGAUAGGAGUAGGAUAGCUGGGGGUGAUUGAUGUUACCCGACCUGCAAUACCAAUCAUCAACGGGGGGCUGAUCGUCUUGUUGGGUGGUGGUGGGUUAGCAGGAGGUCAAUCCUUCCCUUCGCAGGGAAGUAAUCAACGCCCAAAUGACAG